GUAUAUUUCAAGUCGCGGAUCCAAACUGGGUAGUCGAUAGCCCAUAAGCUUUUACCCCGACCCUCCACCGAUGGAGCUCACUGAUCGCCCUGUGUUAUCCGACAACGCUCACAAGAGUCUACCUUCUAUGCAACAAUAAGUGUUCGCACAUAGCUUUCCUUCUGAACCACACGGCAAUUUGGGUAUGGCCUUGCCAAACAGCGGUGCUCGUACCGGGUUUACGAUCUCAUGGGACACUCAUGCUCUGACUGCAGGUAUAUAAUCAAAUCGAAGAUGGUCAGUGUUCACCGCCGUCCCUAGCCCACGAUGCCCCCGCUGGCGCUGCCGCCGUCGACGGUGUUUCCUCUCACAGAAGCACAGCUGGUCUCGCUCUUCAUGCAGAGCUUCGCAUUUGGCGUGCAUGCGGUUGUCUUCGCGGUCUGUAUCCACAGGUGGUUCAGCCGGUUCAAGAUGGCCGGACUCAAUACCAAGUCCUGGCCUUGGGUGGUCGUCGCUACUGCCUUGUUCAUCAUCGGCGCGGUGGAUGUAUCCCUGAACUUGUCGCACAAUGUGGUUGCAUUCGUGUUCUUCAAGGGAUUUGGAGGCGCCACGUUCCAAUUCGAGAUUGUAUCGUUCUGGAUCAAUAUCGUUAGGAGCGUGCUAUAUUCCCUCAAUGUGAUGAUCUCCGAUGCUGCUCUGAUUUAUCGUUGCUGGAUCGUAUGUGCCCACUGGAAGCCACGUCGCUGGGUUGUCAUUGCUCUCCCCUGCUUGUUAUGGCUCGGCGCAACGAUCUGCGCGAGCGCAGAUGUCUUCUAUGUGGCCACCCUUGACAUCAUGAGCUCGAUACCGCACGAGAAAACCCUCCGGCCAUACCUUUUUGCCACAUAUUUGCUGUCGCUCCUUCUAAACAUCUCAGUCACUGGCUUGAUCGUUUAUCGGAUGUGGUCGCUCAACAAGAAAAUAUCGUCACUCACCAAGCAGCGUCGAAACGGGUCGGAACGUCUCAAAACCGUCAAUCGCAUAUUCCUGGAGUCCGCGCUCUUGUACACAUUAUCCGUCGUUAUCAGCGCCGUCUUGGAAAUGGUCAGUAACGACGCCUUCUACAGCAUUACAUCUGUCAACGUGGAACUUGGAGGAAUAACCUUCGACCUCAUCAUCAUCCGUACAUGGACGGCAAUCGCGCGCGAAGAUAGCCGCACAUUCGUCGAGUCGUUCAUCAUGGAACCUCCUCCCGCAUUACCGCUUCUGGACUUCCGGGGAUCUGGCUCAUUUACCCUCCCUCCUCCGAGUCGUAUCAGCUUCGCCGCCCCAUCGGAGCUUGGCAGCUACCGUACCGAUGUCAGCAAGUCGAGAAGAUUCUGAGAGCAUGGAACAUGCAACUCGCUUGCUACAUCAGCUUGGCUAGGCGGUCUUGGUAUCAAUUUUCACGACAUUCUCCCUUCAUUUGCACAGUGGCGGCUCGGACAGACCACAUCUUGGACAUUGAGUGAUUGGACUUAAAAUUGGACACAUAACUAUCUAUGGACAUUACUGUGCAGCGAUUGCAUGUCAGAACAAUAUGUAGCUUCAACUUGUAUAUAGACCAACCUUGUAUUGCUCUUUCGGCGGAAUAUAUGGAGUCUGUA